CCCGGUGGCGGCGGGGCGGGCACCGGGCGGCGGCGGCUGCGGCGCGGACAUGGCGCUGUCGCUGGGCGAGGGCGGCGGCGGGAGCCGGCUGCGGCGGCAGCUGGAGUCGGGCGGCUUUGCGGCGGGGGAGUACGUGAAGCAGCUGUCGCAGCAGUCGGACGGGGACCGGGACCUACAGGAGCACCGGCAGCGCAUCCAGGCGCUGAGCGAGGAGACCGCGCAGAGCCUGAAGCGGAACGUCUACCAAAACUACCGGCAGUUCAUCGAGACGGCGCGGGAGAUCAGCUACCUGGAGAGCGAGAUGUACCAGCUCAGCCACAUCCUCACCGAGCAGAAGGGCAUCAUGGAGGCCGUCACCCAGGCCCUGCUCCUCCAGGCCGACCGCGACGACCCCGCGCUGGGCGCCCGCCGCGCCGCCGCCGCCGACCCCUUCCUGCCGCUCUCGGCCAAGGAUGCGGCGGCCAACGAGGAGGGGCGGCAGCGCACUCUCACCACCCUCCUGGAGAAGGUGGAGGGCUGCCGCGACCUCCUGCCCGAGAGCCCCGGCAAGUACCUGGUCUACAACGGCGACCUGGUGGAGUACGAUGCGGACCACAUGGCGCAGAUCCAGCGGGUGCACGCCUUCCUCAUGAACGACUGCCUGCUCGUGGCCACCGCGCUGCCCAACCGCCGCGGCGCCUACCGCUACGACGCCCUGUACCCCCUCGACGGGCUGGCCGUGGUCAACGUCAAGGACAACCCGCCUAUGAAGGACAUGUUCAAGCUGCUCAUGUUCCCCGAGAGCCGCAUCUUCCAGGCUGAGAACGCCAAGAUCAAGAAGGAGUGGCUGGAGGUGCUGGAGGAGACCAAGCGCAACCGUGCCCUGAGCGAGAAGCGGCGCCUGGAGCAGGAGGCCCUGCCCCGGCCCGCCCCGACGCCCCCCGAAUCCACCAACCCCUUCGACGAGGAUGAGGACGAGGAGGAGGAGGAUGAGCCCUCCGCUGAGGAGGAGGUUGUUGACCUCUCGCUUGAAUGGAUCCAGGAGCUGCCCGAGGACCUGGACGUCUGCAUUGCCCAGCGGGAUUUCGAGGGGGCGGUGGACCUGUUGGAUAAGCUGAACGAGUACCUGGCGGACAAACCCGUGAGCCAGCCCGUCAAGGAGCUGCGGGCCAAGGUGGAUGAGCGCGUCCGGCAGCUCACGGACGUUCUGGUGUUCGAGCUGUCCCCGGACCGCUCGCUGCGAGGGGGCCCGCGGGCCACCCGCCGGGCCGUGUCCCAGCUCAUUCGCCUGGGCCAGUCCACCAAGGCCUGCGAGCUGUUCCUGAAGAACCGGGCGGCCGCCGUGCAGACGGCCAUCCGGCAGCUGCGCAUCGAGGGCGCCACGCUGCUCUACAUCCACAAGCUCUGCCACGUCUUCUUCACCAGCCUCCUGGAGACGGCCAGGGAGUUCGAGACGGACUUCGCCGGCAACAACGGCUGCUACUCGGCCUUUGUGGUCUGGGCCCGCUCGUCCAUGAGGAUGUUUGUAGAUGCCUUCAGUAAGCAAGUAUUUGAUAGCAAAGAGAGUUUGUCAACUGCGGCAGAGUGUGUCAAGGUGGCUAAAGAGCACUGCAAGCAGCUGAGCGAGAUUGGGCUGGAUCUCACCUUCAUUAUUCACGCCCUCCUGGUAAAGGAUAUCAAAGGUGCUUUACAGAGCUACAAGGAUAUCAUCAUCGAGGCCACCAAGCACCGCAACUCUGAGGAGAUGUGGAGAAAGAUGAACCUGAUGACUCCAGAGGCACUGGGGAAGCUCAGGGAGGAGAUGAGGAGCUGUGGGGUGGGCAAUUUUGACCAAUACACGGGUGAUGACUGCUGGGUGAACCUCAGUUACACUGUAGUAGCUUUCACUAAGCAGACUAUGGCCUUCUUGGAGGAAGCAUUAAAGCUUUAUUUUCCAGAGCUGCACAUGGUUCUUUUGGAGAGUCUGGUGGAAAUCAUCCUGGUGGCUGUCCAGCACGUCGAUUACAGUUUACGGUGUGAACAGGACCCUGAGAAAAAAGCAUUCAUUAGGCAGAAUGCCUCUUUCCUGUAUGAAACUGUCCUUCCUGUUGUGGAAAAAAGGUUUGAGGAAGGAGUUGGAAAGCCAGCCAAGCAGCUACAGGAUCUGAGAAAUGCCUCAAGACUGAUGCGUGUAAAUCCGGAAAGUACCACCUCUGUGGUGUGAAGUGAACCUAAGUGUUCCUGGUGGAACAGUUGGUGGCAGCACUUACUGAAGAUGUUGUACAUUGAACAGAUGAACUAAACAGGGGUUUUUAGAGUCCCUGAAAGAUGCAGAACUCUUAUCUGCUGCAUUCCAGAAGCUGGAGACUUUGAAUCAAUGCCUGCAAGCAUGCAAUGCUUUACUUGGUGGAUGGGGUGUAGGGAAGUGAGAAGGUGGAGGUCACAAUGUCCUUGAACAGCAUAUUCUGUAUGAAGGGCUUGUGUAGUAUUUAUGACUUGGGAAAUAACUGUAAUACACAAAUUUUGGCCAAUUGUUUGUGAAAGUCUUGCCUACAUAUACAGCAGAUGGCAGGAAAAGAUCAAUUCUCAUCAUGUCUCUGUAGCAAUUCUAUUUUGAGGCAGUGUUCUGGUAGGAGGGGAAGUGCUGAACCAUUCCCAGGGUGUGGUAUUCAGUGAGGCACAUCCACCAUCCAGAUGUGACUCAGCACUGCAGAUAAAUGACAUGGGUUUGCACAAUGUGAUUUUUGUGGUAGAAAUGCAGACUUUUAUUUAACAUUGAGAUUAUCUUCAUUCAUUUUGGAGGCAGAUUGAAAUAAAAAUAUUUUUUAGUAUAGGUUCUGGUGUUUGGGUGAAGGGGCUUCUUCUGUUUAAUAAGCUGGCCUGUCAGCCUGCUAAGUUAUAGCUGUCUGAAAACAAGCCUGCUGUCAGAACCAUUUGUUCCCUUCAAGACAAGUGAGAAUAAAUUGCUUCUCUUCCUCUUUG